CCCACCGAAUCAGAUUCAUUCACCCAUAGAUAUUUUCCCUCCCAACAAAAUCAAGAAUCUCUCUCUCAAGUCUCAACUCUCCUAUUUCACCCAAAAAUUCUCAAUUUUCUCACACAAACUGAGAAAAACUAAACCCUAAUUUUUAUUUCAACUCUCAACUUUUUCUUCUUCUUCUUGUUUCCAAACCCUAGUUCCCUCUUUUUUCCGUCACCCACAGUAGUACCAAAAGAAACCGUACUACCAAACAUGAGCCUAUACGACCACCGCUACGGCGAUCCGAAUUCCUAUCGCGAGCGUCGAAGUGAUUUAAUUGGUCCUCCAGCACCGGUGGCUCCGCCAGUUAUUGGCGUUGCCGCUUCGAGCUAUGGCCGUGGUGGACCUGUGCCAUACGGAGGCGCUGCUCCUCCUCAGGUUUAUGGUAGAGGAGGAGGAGGAGGAGGAGGAGGAAGUGGUGGGUCGGGUAGUUUUAAUGGGUACCCGCCUUUUCAGCCGCCUGCUGGCCGAUUUGAUGUUGGCCGAGGCAGCAGUGGUGGUAGAAUUGGGAAUGGAAAUGUUGGGGAUAGAAGAAUUGGUAAUGUAGGGCGUGGUGGUGGUGGGAGAGGGUUUGAUUCGGGGAGUGGUGGUGGUAGAGGUGGUAUAAGUCGCGGUGGAGGAGAUAGGGAUGGCCGAAUUGGGGGUAGGGGUUAUGGUGGUGGUCGUGGUGGGAGUAGUAGUUUUGGUGGUGGCGGGAGGGGAUUCGAUGGGCGUGGUGGUGGAAGAGGAGGUAGGCAUGGUGGGGGGUCAAGAGGGGACUUGGACAACAUUGCUUUGCCUAAGCAGGAUUUUGGGAGUUUGGUCCCUUUUGAGAAGAAUUUUUAUGUUGAGACUCCUUCCGUGCGGGCAAUGAGUGAGCAUGAAGCUGUGGUUUAUAGGGUGAGGCGGGAUAUCACGGUGGAAGGGCAUGAUGUUCCAAAGCCAAUUAGGAUGUUUCACGAAGCUAAUUUCCCCGAUUACUGCCUUGAUGCGAUUGCAAAACUGGGUUUUGUUGAGCCAACACCAAUUCAGGCUCAAGGAUGGCCGAUGGCUCUUAAGGGUAGGGAUUUAAUUGGAAUUGCUGAGACUGGUUCUGGUAAGACUUUGGCAUAUCUGCUUCCGGCUUUGGUCCAUGUCAAAGCGCAGCCUCGAUUGGUACAAGGUGAAGGUCCCAUUGUAUUGGUAUUAGCACCUACUAGAGAAUUAGCUGUCCAAAUUCAAGAAGAAGCUCUAAAAUUUGGGUCACGUGCUAAUAUUAGAAUUACUUGCAUAUAUGGUGGUGCUCCUAAAGGGCCUCAAAUUCGCGACCUUAAAAGAGGUGUGGAGAUUGUUAUUGCUACACCUGGCCGACUGAUAGAUAUGUUGGAAGCUCAACACACAAACUUGCGAAGAGUGACCUAUCUUGUGUUAGAUGAGGCUGAUCGAAUGUUGGACAUGGGAUUUGAGCCUCAGAUAAGGAAAAUCGUAUCCCAGAUCCGGCCAGAUAGACAGACAUUGUAUUGGAGUGCCACAUGGCCAAGGGAGGUUGAAACUCUAGCAAGGCAGUUUUUACGCAAUCCAUAUAAGGUUAUUGUUGGAUCAUCAGAUCUGAAAGCAAACCAGUCUAUAAUUCAAGUUGUUGAAAUUUUGACAGAUAUGGAGAAAUAUAACAGGCUGAUUAAACUCCUUAAAGAUAUGAUGGAUGGGAGCCGAAUUCUGAUAUUUAUGGAGACAAAAAAAGGAUGUGACCAAGUUACAAGGCAAUUGAGAAUGGAUGGAUGGCCAGCUUUAUCCAUACAUGGUGAUAAAAACCAGGCCGAAAGGGACUGGGUCCUUGCUGAGUUUAAAAGUGGCAGAAGUCCUAUAAUGACUGCCACUGAUGUUGCUGCACGGGGUCUUGAUGUGAAGGACAUCAAAUGUGUGGUCAAUUAUGAUUUUCCGUCAAGCCUUGAAGAUUAUGUCCACAGGAUUGGCCGAACUGGUCGGGCAGGAGCAAAGGGGACUGCGUUCACCUUUUUCACCCAUGCAAAUGCAAAGUAUGCUAGGGAUCUUAUCAAGAUCUUGCAAGAAGCUGGGCAGGUUGUGAAUCCUGCACUCUCUAGCAUGGCUCGUUCAGCUGGUUCUGGUCUAGGAGGAUCUGGGGGAAACUUUCGCUCCAGAGGACGAGGAGGGUUUGGCAAUCGGUCUCAGAUUUCAGGCUCUAAUACUAUUCCCCUUGGUGGAAGGAGACCUUGGUAGUGUGUUACUGCUGCUGCUGAUAGCCGUAAUGUAAUUUGAUAUAAACUUAGGAUAGUCUGUAGAGAAUGAUUUAUGUCAUGGUUGCAGCUAGCUUACUUUCACUUUUGGCAUCUUUUACUGAUUCAUGCUAAAGAAAAAACAAAAUUAGUCGUGUUGUAUUUUUAAAUUCUUGAGCAAAAUUUAUUGAUGUUGUAUUGUCUACCAUUGAAAUUCAGCCAAACAAGAAGUAUUACAUAAUUUGACUUCCAGCU